UUCUUGGAAUUAAACAUGGCAUAAACUGAUACCAUCAUAAUACUGUGAUGAAAGAAGGUAUUUUUAAAAAUAACAAAACUAAUUUAAAAAAAAAGUUAGUAAAUGAAAUAUAACCAAAAGCCGAAAUAGAUACAAAAGCGCGUUCAUCUCGUAUCUAUUGCCCCCACUCUUGCUUGAAUGCGCAUUUAAGUUUUUUCUUGAUAAUUUCCUUCAAUAUCCAACUGUAUCUGAAUAAAGUUGAACCUUAUUUUGUUACAAGUCCAGGUUUUUGUAUUUAUAUUAAAAUGAAGUUCCUGCUGUUAUUUGCUAUUGCUGCUACAUUGACAUGCCAAUCUAUUAGUUUUGGAGACAAAGAUAUACCAUCGGGAAUCAUUGACGUGUAUGAUGUUCAAAAUUCAAAAGUUCGACUUGUAAUUCCUAUAAAUAAAGAUGAAUACGUGCAAGACAAUUAUUUUCUUGAAGUUUACAACAAAAAUACUUCUGCAUCUGUAAAUUGUCAUAAAGUUGAUUAUAUGCAAAUUUUAGACUCAUUAGUUGUAUUUGUUUCUAAACUUACACCAAGCACUACAUACAAAUUUAGAGUUGUUGAUAAAAGAAAUAGUAUUUUCUACGAGAGUUUGGAUGUUACAACGAACAAAGCUUUAGGCAAACCUAAAAAACCAGAUGAAAAUAUGUUUUACAUUUCAUUUGUGGACAGGAAAGCCACUAUCUUCAUGAAACAGCAUUCAAAUUGGAUACAUUGUGAAAUCGGGUAUGAAAUCUGCUUAUUGAAUUCAACAACGAAUGAAAAAAUUACCGAAAGUAGAAACCUAAGAUGUACACACAAUUCGUCUGUACAUUUUAAUAAUCUGAGUAAAGGAAAUAAUUACAAAGUUCAAAUUAGGGCGUGUAAUAUGUACGGAUGUUCUGACCCAGUGAUAAGCAAAGAAUACAAAUCGGGUAAAUCCGAAAGUGAUAUUAACGUAUUAAACAUCACAGACACAACAUGUUCAAUAAAAUGGAAAAAACUGACGAAUAAUUCUAAAGACACUGAUUACAUAAUCAAUGUUAUCGACAUUGGAUAUCGAUAUCUUUAUUUUCAUGUUGAACAAAAUCAAGAUCAAAAUAUUACUCGAAGAAUUUUAAGUUCAAACUCUAGUGAUACGCCAUUUACGAUUGAUCAUCUAAAGCCUGGAAAUGUAUAUCAUGCUUCGAUUUCUACACAAGAUUCAAAAUCUUUUGUAUUAGCGGAAUGUAAAACUUUACCUUUGACAGAAAAACCUGCUACACCUUUUGAAAAUUCAUUUAAUAUCUCAUUUGAGAGUGGAGGAGCCAAAGUAACAUUACUUGAUGAUUCUCUUCAAGAAAAUUGUGCAUUAUGGUAUACAGUCUCGAUUUAUAAAGCAGAUACUGAAAUAUUUGUAGAGGAUCGUAAUCUAACUUGCAUAAAAUAUAAAUAUACACUUGAAUAUCUCGCUGAAGGAAUUUACAGUGUCAGGAUUAUCGCGUGUAAUAAAAUUGGAUGUUCCGAUCAAUGGGAAAGCAAGCACUACAAACCAGGCCACGUGCAAUUUCCAAAACCUUUGUCUUACAAAGUUUUAAACACUACGGAUUCAACAUGCAAAAUUCAGUGGAUAAAACAAAAUGAUAUUUCACACAUUCAUGAAAAAAUUGCCUGGAUUCCUGGUGAUCAUCCUAAGGAAUACUAUGUAAUCCAGAUUAUUGUCAUUGGUAUCGAUGCCAACGAUAUUAAUACUCAUUUUGCCAGAGAUGCAUGCAUCGCUCAUCAUUCAAAACAUUGCUAAUUCACGGUUGGUUUUUACCGUUUAUGGCAGUUAAGAGCAUUUGUUUGUGGCCGACGCGACUACAGCUGGAAAAGCGUCAGCUGGAAAAGCAAAAGUCCCGUGAUGUGUAUACGUGUGUCUUUAACAGCCUCG